AACCAGGAAGAGGCUACUGGCCUUUUGGUUUGUGUGUGCGUGUUUUUUUUGUGUUCAUAUUUUGGAUAUUAAUAUGUUGACAGUGCCGUCGUCGCUGCUGCUGCUGCUGCUGUUUGUUGCUGAGAGAAUUGUAAUAAUUUGAGCAUACGCCUCUUCCGGUGAUCCAUGUGACACAUGUGUGUACGAUAAAUCUUCCAACUUUCAAUGGGUUUUGGGCGUUAAGUGAAAUGGGCUUUUAAUGGCAUUUGGCAGGGCUUAAGAGUAGUUCUAUCAAACAGUUGGUUUGCCAACGGAAAGUUUACGGCUGCUGAAAGUGUGAAUCAGAGGCGACACUUCGAAAUACUCUUACUCACAUCCUGUUGUUUCUGUCGUUGUUUUUGCUCUCCCUGGCUACUGGCCAUGGACAAUCCCCAAAUUGUGAAAAUCAACCAGAUAAUAAUCCAAACGAAAGACACCACAACUAACCUGAGGACGUCCCUGGCGGAGUAUCUAACCUACAUAAUGCCAAAGCAAGUGCGUCAAAGGGGUGGAUCCCUCUACUGUGGUCUGACUCUCAUGGGAGUCCUGUGCCUCGUUGUCUUCCGUUUGCUGCCCGGAAUGUCCUUUGGGGUAUAUGCCAUGUCCGAUGAGCGGAACAACUACCACAUUCGCGAUGGCCUGCAUGUGCCAUGCACCUUCUUCGACACCGUCAACCUCACGGGCUACACGCCCUUCCCGAACGGCAGCUACUCGUACGAGGGCGUGCUGAUACCCAGCCACCUGGUGGGCCAGUACAACUACAUCUACAAGGACCUGGUGGAGCGUGUGGAUGUGGACUGGCAUCCGCGCGGCUGCAUCUGCAGGCUAAAGGCCUGCCUGAACAUCUGCUGUCCGUGGGGUCAGGUGUACAACAGCGAGAAGGCGGAGUGCAACAAUGACACGACGGACACGAGGAUCUGGCCACAGCCCGUGAUGAAUGUGACCUUUGACAACAGCAGCACACAGUCGGUGAACAUCUUUAAGCAGUUUGCGGUGCAGAGCUUCCGGCCCUGCCCCAAGAUGUUCUCCCUGCAGCCGGAGAUCAACGAUUUCGAUGAGUAUCUGCUGUUCCAGAAUGGCUCAAUGCUGCGCAUUGACGAUCACAAUUACAUCAACAAGAGCGAGUUCUGUCUGGUGGUGUCCUAUGUGAACGAAACGGAUCUGUACUACAGUCUGAAUCCCGCCAACUGUGACACGGACACGGAGCACACCACAGUGAAGAUUAUCAAUGCGUAUGCUAUGCUGUUCUCCAUUCCCUUUAUGAUGCUCACCAUUGCCGUUUAUCUGCUGAUACCCGAGCUAAGGAACCAGCAUGGAAAGAGUCUCGUGUGCUACCUCAUGGGUCUCUCCAGCGGCUAUACGGCCCUCUGUUGCAUUCUGCUCCUGAAGAACCUCGAUCCGGAUGAGUUCUCCUGCAAAGUGUUUGGGUACACAGCCUACUUCUGCUUCAUGUCGGCCUUCUUCUGGCUGAAUGUCAUCAGCUUUGACUUGUGGCACAAUUUCCGCGGCACACGGGGCAUCAAUCGGUUCCAGGAGAAGAAGCGAUUCCUCUUUUACUCGCUGUACUCCUGGGGAGCGGCAUCGAUGUUCCUGGCCUUCACGUGGAUCGCACAGGAGCAGACCGACUGGCCGGCGGCCCUCAAGCCGGGCAUUGGCGGUGGCGAAUAUUGCUGGCUGGACAUGCGCAAUUGGUCCGCAAUGAUAUACUUCUUUGGGCCCAUACUGGCCAUCAUUGUGGCCAACACGGUGAUGUUUGUGAUGACCUCGGUGAAGAUCCAUGGCGUGCAGCGGGAGAUGGCGAGGAUAAUUGCCCGCGAGGAUAGCACCAAGAAUCUGCGCACCGAAAAGGACAAGUUCGGACUCUUUCUGCGUCUCUUUCUCAUCAUGGGCGUCACCUGGUCCUCGGAGAUCAUCUCGUAUUUUGUGGGCAACGACAAGAAGUGGUCGAAGAUCUUCUACAUCUCGGAUCUGUGCAAUGCCAUGCAGGGCUUCCUCAUCUUCAUGCUGUUUGUGAUGAAGAAGAAGGUCAAGCAUUUGAUAACCAACAGAUGCUCGAGUGUGCGCGAUGGCAGCACCCAGCGUCAGAGCCAGUACUCCACCAAGACAACAACGAGCAGCGUGGCCAAUCUAUCGCUGCAGGAGAAGCCCUCGGUGGAGAAGCCCUUGGUGAUUAGCCAAUCAUCCAGUGUGGAUCAUCAGCGCACGACAAGCUUUCGCUGAGGAUGGGAUCCGAUAGGAUCGUCUAGUGGCAAGCAUCAUCGAAUAGUUAUAUCUGGGGAUACUUAACAUCCAGAGCAGCAGCCAUAUAUUCAGAUUGUACUUUAUGAAAAGACAUUAUUAUAAGAGGCAGGAACCCAAAAUCCCUCCCUCCCUCCCCAUCAAACCACAUCUCUCUCUCUCUCUAUAUAUAUAUAUAUGUAUAUAUAUACUAUAUAAAUGUCUGGCAGAUCAAGAAACCAACAAACGAAGAAAAAGAUCGCGAACAACCUGAUAAAUUUAAGUGUAAGAAAGAGCACGCUUCGAGGCGCCAUAUCUAGUAUGUAUUUAUGUAUCUGAAAUGAAAUUAUUGUUGUCUCCAGAGAUCACUGUACUUCUCCGCCUUCUCUAGCUGUAAGCACCACACACACACCACACAUACAUAUAGUAUAUAUCGAUGUGCCGUGAUGAAAUUAAGAUUUGUAUCUGCAUUUGUAUUCAUUCUUAUUUGCGCAUACCAUACCAUACUAUACCACGCUCCAUAUCUCUGUAGUACAAUGUACAAUAUAGUACGAGUAUCUACGAGUUCCACUUAUAUUUGGUAUAAUAAAAACCUGAACACACGAAUAAAGCCAAAGAUAAAACUGAAAGAAAGAUCUGCCCGCUAGUCGGGGGUUUUCACUUGGGCUUAGUUUUUGAAUGCUCCUACAAAAACGAAUGAACAAAAAUAUAACUAACUAUUCACUGAAAUUAGCGAACUGCUGAUCGUUCAUUUUUUGAUGAAUUUACUACACUAUUAUGAAAUUUAUUCGGUUCAGUAAAAAUACUUUAAUAACUAGCUCGCUAGCUCUAUCUAGGACCCAUCGAAUUAUGAGUUGUUACAUGGCCACUACACAGAGAUGUAAUUAUGAAAAGAGCCACCUGUCGAGGAAGCCAGGCCAGUAAAAAAAAAACAAUCAAUCGAUCGGGAGUUCGAUUGGGCGCUGAUUUGGGAAUGUUAAUUAUUAUUAAUGUGGAAUUUCCCUACUGUAACGAAAAAUAUUAUUUCCUUGGGCCAUUUUGAGGCUAUACAAAUACAUAAAAAUUACUCCUAAAACUAUUUAAUUGUUUAAUAAAAUUUUUC